AUGGGUCAGGUCCCAAUUGUACUGCUACUCCAUGGCUUCCCUAAGAUCUGGUACUCCUGGCGCCAUCAGAUCCUCUACCUCGCCGCCCACGGGUACCGAGCAGUCGCCCCUGACCCCCGUGGCUAUAGAGACACCACCAAAGCACCUAUUGACGAUCCUACCAAGUUCACUACACUUCACGUUGUCGGCGACAUGGUCGCACUCAUCGCCGCUCUUGGUGUAGAUAAGGUGUUUGUGGUUGGGCAUGACUGGGGCACCAUGAUUGCUUGGAGCCUUUGUUUGUUUAGACCUGACAAAGCUAAAGCCUUGGUCAAUUUGAGCGUUCACUUUGCCCCAAGAAACCCUCACCAGAAAAUUGUAGAGAUUUUUUGUGUUGCAUACAGAGAUGAUCACUACAUUUGCCGAUUUCAGGAACCAGGGGAAAUAGAAGUUGUGUUUGCGAGUCUUGGAACCAAGAAGGUUUUUGAGAAAUUCUUGACACAUCGUGAUCCUGAUCCAUUUCAUUUCCCUAAAGAUAAGCCCUUUGGAGCUUUGUAUGAUACUCCUGUCAUCUUACCAUCAUGGUUAUCCGAAGAAGAUGUUGAUUAUUACACCAAAAAGUUCGAGCAAACUGGUUUCACAGGAGGAAUAAACUACUACCGAUGUUUUGACCUAAAGUACAGUGGGAAUUUCUUGUUUAAUAUGUUGGGAAAAUGGAAGGAAUCUGAAUACUCUGGUCAAUCUGUUCCAGUUGGUGGUCUUGCUUAUUAUGUUACUGCACCUUCUCAAGAUAAUGACUGA